AUGAGCACAUCCGAACCCAAACUCCUCCUCACCGUCUUCGGCGCAACCGGCCAACAAGGAGGCAGCAUCAUCCGGACGGUCCUGUCCACGCCAUCCCUCGCCAGCAAGUAUCGCCUCCGCGGCCUGACCCGCGACCCAAGCAGCGCUGCCGCCCAGAAGCUCCAUUCUCAAGGCGUCGAGAUCAAGACCAUCGACGUCAACGCCGACUCCACGACCAUUGCUUCCGCUCUCCACGGCUCCUCCGUCGUCUUCGCCCUCACCGUCACAGACUACACGACCGACACGUACAGCACAGAGCUACGACAGGGCAAAGCCAUCGCCGACGCGGCCAUGUCCGCCGGAGUGCCGUAUCUGAUUUUCAGCACGCUGCCGCACGUCAAGGCCAUCUCCGGUGGGAAGUACACGCUGGUCGGGGGCUUCGACGGCAAGGCCGAGACGGAGACGUAUAUCCGCGGCCUCUCGAGCGCUGGCCGCAUCAAAAGCGCCUUCUUCGCCCCGGGUUGCUUCAUGCAGAAUUUCCAGCACAUGAUGGCGCCGCGGUCGCAGGAUGGUGGCAAGACAUAUGCCAUCGCGGGCGUGAUGGACCCACAGACGAGAAUGCCGCUUAUCGACACGGCCGGCGAUACGGGGAAAUACGUCGGUGCAAUCCUAGCCGACCUGGAUGCGUACGAGGGAAAGGUCCUCUCUGCGGCGACCGAAUGGCUGUCGAUGAGUGAGAUCGCUGAAAAGGUAGGUCGGGCGAUCGGGAAGAAUGUCGCGUACCAGCAGUUGCCUGUUGAGGUGUACAAGAGCUUUCUGCCGGAGAAUGCCAGGCAUCAGUUGGUUGAGAUGUACUUGUACAUUCAGGAUUAUGGGUAUUUUGGUCCCGAGGGAAAGGAAGGCGUUGAGUGGACCGUGAGGAACGUGCAGGAGAGUGGAAGUGGUGCUGGGCAGCUUACGACUUUUGACAGCUUUUUGGUGGAUAAUCCGGUUCACAUCGAGUAG